AGUGUCAGUGUGAUUGUUUUCUAGGUUGCAUUUGAGCUCCAUAUAGCCAUCUCUUGUCAUCAAAGUAGGGUUUUUUGAGUCUGGACUUUGUGAAAGACCAUUCAAAAAUCUGAGACUAGAGCACUUCAAGUAUGAAUUUAAGCAAAUGCCCAUUAUCCCAUUCAUAAAAAAUUCAACUGGGAAGCUUAAGAACAGUCAUCUUUUGGAGACUGUCUCUAGACACUGUCUGCAGAAUAAGGAAUUGUUCCUGGGUUGUAUGCUUAAAAGAGCAAGAGGAAAAGACAAUGAAGCUUGUUAAAACACUGGGAAAGGAUAGUUGCUUGUCACGAGUUUGCUUGCAAAAAUAUUCUUAGUUACUUUGUUGUUUCCAUUGUUAAGUUAAACCAAGUGUUCUCUUCCCUCUGUAAUUUCUAAUUUGAUUGGAAGAUUACAAGAGCUUAACCUAAGUCUUCCUUGCCCUGCAAACUGUCUAUGCUUCGUGAAAUACUUUUGAUAUAAAACAUGUUCUAUUAUUAAAUUUUGAGGCAGCAGCUCCCAAAUUCUCGCAGCUGUAGCAGCAUUAUUUAAUGUAAAUAAGGUAAUAUGCUGCAGAAGAGUAGCCUGCAUUUACAGACUCAAGAGUAUGUUGUCCCAACUCAGCUAGGGAGAAUUUACAGUCUCUGAGCUGAGAGUAAAUUGCCUUUAGUUGGUUCAUGGUAUAUCUAGCUCCUGAAAGGAGGGUAAGUCUCCCUAGAUAAACAGGUUGGGUUCCCCUUCUUUAAGGAGUAUUAACAUGAUGUCCUACUAAAAAACUGGUAGAAGGCUUAGGUUAGUGGUAGGCAAUUUUUAUGACGACACAAGAAAUGAAAUAUCUUUGUAAUGUUAAAACUUUUUCUUCAAACUACAAUGACAUGGAAGACAAAGACAAGAUAAAUCUUACAUGCUUAUAUGUUCCAUGGAAUAAUUUUGAGGAGUAAACUGGCAUCCUUCUUGUUAACAGAAUGUAGGGAGGAUGGCAGCAUUUUUCAAUAAUUCUAAUUUAAAAUAUCUUAGUACUGUUCAUUUUGUAGUCUCUGAAAUUUCAUUCAGCUGUUGGUCUUGUUGGGUUUCUAACAAUAACAGAAGCACUGGUCAGCAUUCCAGGUUUAGUAAAGACACCUUAAUUUACUAAGUGUCAGGUUUGUCACUUAAGUGACUGACUGGAUAUUGUUGGGUGAUUUCAAGCUGUGCAUUUGGACUUUUUGUCUUAAAUAUUAUUUAAAACAAACAAAAAAAACAACAACAAGAAACCAAAUGACAAAAGAAAAACCCAAGGUCUGAAAUGAGAUGGAUCCAUUGACAAAGUUUGAAAUAAACAGGACUUGAAAACAAAUUGCCUUGUUGCUUACACAGUAGCUAAUGUCCUGAAUACGAGUGAGUUCGGCCAAAAAGAAUCAGAUUUCUAUGUGAGAAGGAGAGCGAAUCCAAUGUGCUGUGUGACAACAGGCUGCUCGAAGCACCACAGAUAUGCCUGUUGCUGGAGCCGAUGUUUGUGCUGUUCCUGCUGGUCCAGCACACAGCAGAAGUUCAAGGUCUUGUUACAGUGUAAGUCUGAGUGAAGAGUAACUGAUGGCUAUUAAAAAUGUGGGUUUUUUCAUUCUGUACCCUAAGAAACCCUAGUAAGUAGGUUUUAAGUUUGUAGUUUUUCAAACAGUGGUAGUGUUGUUCAGUGAUUGUUCCUUUAAUGGAACUGGGAAGCUGAGCAUGGUCUCUGUCAAGUGAUGCCUGGCCAAGUAGAUCACAGGCUGCCGCGUUGUCUUCAGAUCUGUGGAGGAAACACAUCCCAUAUUUACAUGCACUGACAAUUUUUGUUUUUCUAAAAACCAAGACUUGGAAGAUCAGGCUUGUAUCAAACCAUUGCAGGCAGCCUCUUGCGUUACUUAAGAAUGUUUGCUGCAGUAUUGAGGAGAUGGUAGUAUGUAAUUGUGGAAAUUAUCAAAGACAAAAGUUUGGGUCACUUAGCUUUGUUUUCCUAAUUUGCUUUAUAAAAUGUGCUGAUGGAAAUGGUAAUCUAUAAAGAAUAGGAAUGAAUGAGUGGAGGUGGUAGAAUACUGUGAAAAGACUGGAGCUAUCAGACAUGUAUUCAGCUGGACUUCCCACAUAAGCUGAAAGCCUGUGUGCCUGUAAGUACUGAAGGUAGAUGAGAACGUAAGAAAGGUACUGCUGGCAAAGGAUGUUGGAGGGAGAUGAUAUGCAGCAGUAUCCUUUUUGGGUUUGGUUUUUUUUUUUUAAUCUGUAAGCUAGAACAGCACUGUUCUCUCCUGUGCAGUGGUGAACACCUUCAAAAUUCUUUCAUGUGGCCAUUGGUAUGGGCUUGCUUUUCCAUCUUCCGCAACCUGAUGGAGGUGGCACUUGAUUUGCAGAUAUUGUAAGUGCUUAUUAUCUCUGGCAUGCAAGGAGGAAUGAUGUGUGUCCCCUUAGUUAGCAAAGCGUUGUCACUUAAAUCAGUUCUUGAGGUUUCUGUCUUGCCAGAGGUGAGUCAGUAACAAAACCCCCGACCAAAAUAAUCUGCUACACUUUAGUCUUCAAAUGCAGAACUGACACAUCUGCAAGAACUUUCAGCUUUGAAUUGCUCUAAAAAAGUGUGCUGGAAAAGGUCAGUCAUGGGUUUCAAGUUGAACAUCAAAAGUCAGUGGACCCUAGAAAAUGUUGACAUUGCUCAAUGAACUCCAUUGUCAAGUGUCUAUGGGGUAAUAUACCGGCUUCUGCUCUUCCUGCUGAAUGAGAUGUCUGUGAAAAUUAGUUUGGUAUAGAAAGAACAAUGGGAAGUUAAAAUAUAUCAUUAUUUUUCAUGAUUAACAAGAGGUUUGAAUUGUUUAUAGUAGCAACAGCUGAUUAAAGUAGAUGUUGCUUGAAUACAGCCUAUUGUGUGAAGUGGAAUAGAUCUGGUGGAAAAAAUGUAUUAAAAAUAGUGUCUUAAUAGUAAAAGCACUUCAUAAUUACUGUUUGUGGUCUAAAAUAAUUGGCUUAUAACCAAGCUAAUGCCCUGUUUUGAUACAUGGUACUACCUUUAAGUAUGCUUUCCAGAACUUCCAUGGGAUUUGUCUCUACUCUAAACACUUCUAUUUUUAACAUCAUGCUUUGGAGUGUGAUUGUUCAGAAUCAGCACUUAGGACAAAGAGGACGAGAAACUGGCUUUAUCACAUCUCUUGACCUUUUUGGACAUGGGUUUUAAUUUUCAAGAGGAGAACAGGGAUGCCUGCAACUGCAGAGAUGGAAUGGGAAGUUUUAGAGAGACUGUUGCCUGUAUAUAAGUAUUUUGCUAAGCUGCCCAAAAUGGAAGGUGGUCCCAAAGAAAACUAAUACUGAGAAAGGAUCAGAACUAACAUAUGUGAACUUCUCAUGCCAUUCUGUAGCUGAAAGAUUGCAAAGGUGGAUUGCAAAGAAGUACUGGACAUCAUAUGUAAUCUGGAAUCGGAGGGACAAGAAAACACUGCAUUUGUUCUUUGUACAACAUACCUUACUCAUCAGCUUCAAACAGCAAAUGUGUAUUGCUCUUGGGAACUGACACUUUUCUGGAGUAAACUGCAGAGAAGAAUAGAUCCUUCUUUAGAUUCCUUUUUGGAGAGAUGUCGUCAGUUUGGCAUCAUUGCCAAGACACUACAGCAUUUAUUUUUCUUGAUAAGAGUCAUACAAUCUGAAGCAGAAGAAGCAGGACUUGCUGUGUCUGUUUUAUUAUGUGUGAGAGCCCUUCAGAUCAGAUCAAACGGAAGCGAUGAAAUGAAGACAUCAGUAUGUAAAACAAUUGCAUGCCUUUUACCAGAAGACCUUGAAGUUAGAAGAGCUUGUCAGCUCACAGAAUUUUUACUUGAGCCAACUUUGAGUGGAUUUAAUGUGUUGGAAGAGCUCUAUAUGCAACCAGAUCAAAAAUUUGAUGAAGAAAAUGCACUGGUUCCAAAUUCACUCCGUUGCGAGCUGCUGUUAGCUUUAAAAGCAUAUUGGCCAUUUGAUCCUGAAUUUUGGGACUGGAAGACUUUAAAACGACAUUGCCUUAAACUGUUAGGGAAAGUAGCUUCUGAUUCCGAGGACGAUGCAAGUUGUAAUAUGUCAAUCAAUGAAACUGACAUGUUAGAAACUUUCUUUAGUGACUAUGAUGAGACAAAAGAACAUAAAUAUUAUGAUGGAAAAGAUACAAUGAACCACCCUAAAGAAAAAGCAAGAGUAAAAAAACCAAUUGGUUCUUCAGAAAGAUACCAGAGAUGGCUUCAGUACAAAUUUUUUUGUGUGCUCUGCAAAAGGGAGUGUAUAGAGGCUAGAAUACUGCAUCAUUCUAAGAUGCAUAUGGAAGAUGGCAUUUAUACGUGUCCAGUGUGUACAAAAAAGUUCAAGAGAAAGGAAUUUUUUGUACCACAUGUAAUGGAACAUGUUAAAAUGCCACCUAGUAGAACACACAGACCCAAAAAGAAGAUAAUACUGAAAAAAGAAAGAUCGCCACAAAAGACAACAGCUUCCAGCAGCCCGCCUCCAGUGUUUCAGGAAAAGUCACGUCAGCCACAGCUGCCCGAAAACUUUGAAAAUGACACACAUGAAUAUGUCACAUUUAGCCAACUGGAAAAUUGCCAACUACAAGACAGAGACAUCUAUCCAUGUCCCGGAACAGAUUGUUCUAGAGUAUUUAAACAGUUUAAAUACUUAAGUGUACAUCUGAAAGCUGAACAUCAAAACAAUGAUGAGAAUGCAAAACACUACUUGGAUAUGAAAAACAGGAGAGAGAAAUGUGCUUUCUGCCGCCGACAUUUCAUGACAUCCUUUCAUUUGCGGGAGCAUGAACGUGUGCACUGUGGACCUCAACCGUAUAUGUGUGUGUCAAUGGAUUGUUAUGCUAGAUUUGGGUCAGUUAAUGAGCUUCUCAAUCACAAACAAACACAUGAUGAUCUUCGUUAUAAAUGUGAGCUAAAUGGCUGUAAUAUUGUUUUCAGUGACUUAGGGCAACUUUACCAUCAUGAGGCACAGCACUUCAGAGAUGCAUCAUACACCUGCAACUUCUUUGGUUGCAAAAAGUUUUAUUAUUCAAAAACGGAAUUUCAGAAUCACCUUGCAGUGCAUAAUAUUGAAGUGUCAAAUGGGGGAGUGAAGCAAACACUAAAACUUGAAGAGUCGGUUUCAAAAGACAAAUGUAGUUAUCUUCCAGAGUCUCAGCUGCUUGAACAAUCUGAAAAUUCCAGUCUGAAUGAUAACUUGGAUCCUUCAGGCUCUCAGGAAAUUCCACAGAUUAAGGAAGAAGCACUCUCUGACAGUGAAGAUCUAGACAGUGAAAGUAAUUGCAGCCUUCAUUGUGGGGACCACAGCACAGAUGCUGCAGUAGACCAAGGCCAGGCGUCUCCUCUACUGAUUGAAACAAUGGCUCACAAUCAAUCAGUUCCAGGUUUUCUCAUGUCCCAGGAAGGAGUCUUCCAUCCAGCAGAUGUGAAACAACAGUGUUCCAAUGUGGCAGUUUGCUUUGAUGAAAAAAAACUUUCCUGUGGUUUUGAAGGCUGCUGUUCCACACACAAAAAUUCCAGAAGUAUGCAAAAAAACCUUCGCAGGGCCCAUCCAUAUAACUUCAAAGGUAAAAAAAAUAUGGAGAUGAAAACUAAAGACUUUCUCGAUCUGUUGAGUGACACUCAGGACAGUAAAUCCCUUACAGACAUUAGUACAGAGUUAGGUCAUAAUUCAGAUACAAAUGCUGACUCUCCAGAAAGCUCGUAUUGUACUAUAGAUGCUAAAGGAAGCAAUGGCCUGAAGGAAGAAACUUGUCCUUCUUCCCCAGAAACAUCUUUUUAUGACAGUUCUAAAGAAUCAAAUAUUGAAGAUAACAUGCUGGAACUAAUGUUAGGCUUGAAACAUCUAAGCUUAAAAAAUUCUAACAUUCAGAAUUCUUCAAGACACAAGCCUCUUUUGGGCUCUUUACAGUCCUGUUCAUCUAGGGAUGCCAAGUGCCCUGAGUUAGUAGAUGAAACUACCUCAAAAUUUCAGCUUCAAGAGCAACAAGAUAAUUUACCCAGCCAGUAUCUUACUCAGCUGGCAGCGAAACCAUUUUUCUGUGAAUGUCAAGGAUGUACGUGUGAGUUUGUGACCAGAGAAGCUCUCUUAAUGCAUUAUGUUAAAAAGCAUAACUAUUCAAAGGAAAUGGUUCUUCAGUUAAAUAUGUUCCAGCAUCGGUACUCACCAUUUAAGUGCCAUAUUUGCCAAAGAUCAUUUACAAGAAAAACACACCUUAGAAUUCACUAUAGAAACAAACAUCAAAUUGGCUGUGAGAGGGUAGCUCACAAGGUAUGUUCUAAUGAAAAAAUUGAUCAUGUAGGUUUACGUACAGAUGACAUGCAUAAAAAUAGCACUGUUCCAACACCUGUCUGUGCAACCAACAUUGAAUUCAUUGAACAUUCAGACCACUCUGAACAGCUGUGUCAUCCUAAAAAGGAAGACUGUAGUUCUGAGACAGAUUUGGAGUCCAGUGAAGAGACAGACAAUAAUGUAACAAGAAAAACAUCUAACAUGGCUUCUCUGGACAGUCAUAGAGAAGAACUGGAAGCGAGACAGGGAAGAGGAAGCAAAAGAACAGUUGCUAAAGGAAACUUAUGUUAUAUAUUGCAUAAGUACCACAAGCCAUUUCACUGUAUACAUAAAAGCUGCAACUCUGCAUUUACCAACCAGAAAGGUUUGAUUCGCCAUUAUAGAACUGUUCACCAGUAUAAUAAGGAACAGCUCUGCUUAGAAAAAGACAAAGCAAGAACAAAAAGGGAAAUUGUCAAAUGUAAAAAAAUAUUUGCAUGCAAAUACAAAGAGUGUGGUAAGCGUUUUUUAUGUUCUAAAGCUCUUGCUAAGCAUUGUAGUGACUUCCACAAUGAACACUUAGAGGAUCAAAAACUGCUUUCUGAAGCUGAAUCUGCAAGAUUUGCUUGUAACCAAGCCCAGUGCCCUGCUGUAUUUUAUACCUUUAAUAAGCUUAAACAGCACCUAAUAGAAGAACAUGCCAAUGAAGAAAAAUUAAACAAAGAUUUUGAAAUCCAUUGUGACCUUAAUGGCUGUGAUCGAAUUUUCACAAAUUACAGUCACUACUCUCAACAUGUGUAUUUCCGACAUAGUGAAUAUUAUGAUAGUCUUUUUGGAAAUCAGAAAGAGGAGGAAGAUAAUCAAGGUAAAGAUAAAAAUGAACAAAGUUACUUGAAAGACAGUUUUGACAUGAGCAAGCAGAAUGGGAAGCAGUUAAAAGAAAAAUCUAAAAGAGUUAGCAGAAGUAGAGAAAAGCAUUUGAUGAAUUUCAAAACAAAAGAGGAAGCCCUACAAAUGUGCAAAGAGAAGUCUAACCAGACCCAGUACCCUUGCAUGGUUCAGGGAUGUUUGUCUGUUGUCAAAUUGGAAAGCAGUAUAGUGAGGCACUAUAAGCGCACACAUCAGAUGACCAAUAUGUAUAUAGAGCAACGGAUUCAGAAACUUGUUGUUUGUGUUAAAUGUGGCAUAAUGAUUGAAAAACAGUCCUGCUCUGAAACAGCUUUAGACUUGGAUAAAAAAAGUGUAAAAGUUAAAGAGGAUAAAUCAGCUAAUCCUGACUAUGUGCAAGAAAGUGAAAAACCUCUUGUUCCAAAUACUGACUGUGAUCCUCAAGAUGUAAGCAAUGAAGACCAAAAAAGAUAUCCAAGUAGUGCGAGUUUUGAUGCCAGUGCCUUUAUGUAUUCAGGCACUCUAAAAUAUAACCACAGUUCAAAGAACACCUGUUUUGAAGAGCAUAACAUCAGGGAGACAGUUACAUGUAAAACUGAAGAUUUUUCUGAAAAUAGUGAAAGAGAGAAUAGCUCUUAUUUCUCCAGUUUACAACUAGAGUUGCCAAGAGAGAAAGACCCAGAAGGAUGUCAACAUAGUGCAGUUAAUCAAAAUGCAAAAAGAAAUGUACUUUGUGCUACAAAAGACAAAUUUCAGAAGCCUCCAGUGUCCAAACCAUUUGAUUUAAAGACAUAUAAACCAAUGGGAUUUGAGUCUUCAUUUUUAAAAUUUAUUCAGGAAAGUGAGGGAAAAGAUGACGAUGACGAUGAUGAUUUUGAUGAAGUAGUAGAAUGGGAGUCGCCUGAGCAGUUGUCAGUAGAUAAAACCUUGCAAAAGGAGGGAGAUGGUCAAGGGGAUACACCAGUAAACAACUUUGUAAAUGACAAAAAUGUAAUCAUAACCCAAAAUAAUCAUGGGCAGCUAACAGAAAUCCAGCCCUUGUUGUCAGAAUCGUCAUCUGCCCCUUCUUUAGAAAAUUUGAGGGCAAUCUUGGACAAGGCACUAACGGACUGUGGAGACCUUGCCUUAAAACAGCUUCAUUAUUUAAGACCAGUAGUUGUUCUUGAAAGAUCCAAGUUUUCCACACCCCUCAUAGACUUAUUUCCAACAAAAAAGGGAGAUGAGCUUUGUGUAGGAAGUACGUAAGUAGUUUUGCUUAGAGCAUAUUGCCUCCACUACUGCUAUAUGGGGAGAACUUCAAAUUAGAACAGUAAUUGUUACAGUACACACUGUUUAGGUUAGUUUAGACUGUUUAAUUCCAUGAAUGUAUAAUAUCUGUCAAAAGUAUUGGCCAAGUUAAUUUAGCUCCCCAUUUUUUUUCAAUGGACUAUGCUGAUUUUGGUGCUAUUUAAUACAUCAGAAUACUGGGGGCUUCCUCUUGAAGAGUAAAUGUGCAUGAUUGUAUAUGGAACAAGUACUAGGGUACCAGGGUUUGGGGGGCGAUGGAGUUAUUACUUGACUUGAAUGUGCACCCUAGGGUGCUUUGUGUAACAUAUUGUACACUACAGCAUCUUAUAUUUUUUGAGUUAUGAGUUUCAAUAAAUUACAGUUUUUCACCCA